ACAUACAGGAAUCAGGAACGGUUUCCUCCUCGUCCUCCUCCUCCGUCCGUGCCCACAAUCACGCCACCUCCAAGGAAAUAGGGAGCUGGUUACCUGAGCGGAACUGCUGUCUGGACCAAGACUUCAGUACGUAGGCUUCUGGUCACGUGAGGCUACGUCACUGUCUGUCCUUAGGAUGAAGCUUUCACUGAACUGAAGGAAGAGGAAACAGCCCUGAAUCCUUGGAGGUCUGUCUGAAUUGGGGGCCCUGCACAAGUACAAGCCUGGUGGAAAAAAGUUAACUGCUCCUGCUCCCAGCAGGUCGUGCUCGGCUUGCAGCCUGGGGAAAACCUGUGAGCCUGAGUGGAAGUGCCUCGCCCAGACGUGCACACAUCCCGUUUAGGCAAGCCAGCUCCACGCCCUGGAUCAGAGAAUUACUCCAGCUGCACCAUGAGCCGAGUUCGAGACGCUGGCUGCGUCGCGGCCGGGAUAGUGAUUGGAGCUAGUGCCUGGUACUGUGUCUACAAAUAUGCCAGGGGAAGAAACCAGACAAAGAAGAGAAUGGCCAAGCCCAAGACCAGGGCUGUGGCUGGGACUGGAGCCAGGGCUAGAGCCGGACUAAGGGCCGGAUUCACCAUUGACCUGGGGCCGGGAUUCGGUCCUCCAACCCCAGUCCGCACUCAGGCAGAGGACAGGGCCCAGGAUGAAGCCUCUGCUCUGGACGCAGCUGGCGCUGAGGCAGUGGCCCCAGCUGCACCCAGUGCUGAGGCUCAGAGUGGGGCCGGAAAUCAGGUCCAGGAGGCAGAAGGGUCAGGGGUUGGGCCUAAGGCUGAACCAGUCGCCGGGGCCACAGCGGCUUCCUCAAUGGCAUCACCCCCCGGGGAGGCAGAGGCUUCCGUGGCUGCAGAGGCCCCCACAGUGGCAAGGGCUCCCAAGCUGCCGGAAGCCCCUGGCACAGCAGAGGCCCCCGGGGGGCCCGCGGUGCCUCCCGGGGCGCCAGCGCCUACCGAGGCGGCAGCAGCUGCAGAGGCUGCGGAGGCUCCUGUACCCGCAACCCCUCCUGCCGCGCCAGUGCCUUCUGGGGCUGCAGAGGCUCCUGGGACUUCAGGAUCCCCCAGAACAGCAGCACCCUCCAAGAAAGCGACCCCUGGGGCUCAUACCGGCGCUAUACCCAAGGCUGGGUCAGCGACUGGAGCUGUACCCAAAGGUGGAGCCAAGGGAACCAGGUCUCGGACUGGGGGCAAGGGCAAGGGCAAGAAAAACAAGGUGGAAGUAGAUGAACUGGGGCUGGGCUUCCGCCCUGGGGAUGGGGCUGCAGCGGCUGCUGCAGCCUCUGCUAAUGGGGGACAGGCUUUCCUGGCAGAGGUCCCCGAUUCUGAGGAAGGGGAGUCCGGGUGGACUGACACAGAGUCGGAGUCAGACUCUGAGCCUGAAACCCAGCAGAGAGGGAGAGGGAGGAGACCUGUUCCCAUGCAGAAGCGCCCCUUUCCUUAUGAAAUAGAUGAGAUUCUCGGUGUCCGAGACCUCAGGAAAGUCCUUGCUUUGCUUCAGAAAUCGGAUGAUCCUUUCAUCCAACAGGUAGCUUUGCUCACUCUGAGCAACAAUGCCAAUUAUUCAUGCAACCAAGACACAAUUCGCAAAUUGGGAGGCCUCCCAAUUAUUGCAAACAUGAUCAACAAAACUGAUCCCCACAUUAAGGAAAAAGCCUUAAUGGCCAUGAAUAACCUGAGUGAGAACUAUGAAAAUCAGGGCCGACUUCAGGUAUACAUGAAUAAAGUGAUGGAUGAUAUCAUGGCCUCCAAUUUGAACUCAGCAGUACAGGUAGUUGGACUAAAAUUUUUAACAAACAUGACUAUUACCAAUGACUACCAGCACCUGCUUGUUAACUCCAUUGCAAACUUUUUCCGUUUGCUAUCUCAGGGAGGUGGAAAAAUCAAGGUUGAGAUUUUGAAAAUACUUUCGAAUUUUGCUGAAAAUCCAGAUAUGUUAAAAAAACUGCUCAGCACCCAAGUGCCAUCGUCCUUUAGUUCCCUUUAUAAUUCUUAUGUGGAAUCAGAAAUUCUUAUUAAUGCCCUUACUCUGUUUGAGAUCAUCUAUGACAAUCUCAGAGCAGAAGUAUUCAACUACAGAGAAUUCAAUAAAGGUUCCCUGUUUUACUUAUGCACUACAUCUGGAGUCUGCGUUAAGAAAAUUCGAGCCUUAGCCGAUCACCAUGACCUCUUGGUGAAAGUGAAGGUUAUAAAACUAGUGGACAAAUUCUGAUUGGCUAUGUGCUCUCAAAAGACUUGAAGAAAUUUCUUGAUUUUCCAGUCUGGAAGCAAUGAAAAUUGAAAGUUACUGCUUUUCCACUUGUUCAUGUAAUAAAGGGAUCCUUUCAGCUGCCAGUUUUGAAUAAUGUAUCAUCCAGAAUGAUGUUAUCUGUGACAGUCUCCAGCUUUAAGCUGAACCAUUUUAUGAAUACCAAAUAAAUAGUCCUCUUGUACUGAAAACACAUUUGUGACUUUAAUCGUGCUGCUCGAAUGGAAAUAUUUUUACUGGUUCCUCUAUGUGAACUGACAGUGAACCUGUCCAUCGAAAUAGCCUACACUUCUGUCAUUUGUUUUGACUUGAAUUUAUCCACCAAAGACUUCAUUUGUGUAUCAUCAAUAAAGUUGUAUGUUUUGACCGACA